AUGUUAAACUGUUUAGGCAGGUUUGCUAAAAAGUACUUUGAAGCAAUACUCGCUAUCAUAACCCUCAUAGGCGUGUUCUACCUUAUCAAAACAUCAAAAGGAGCAGGAGCUCUGAGACGAGAGAAAGCAGCAGCAGAUCUUGCAGAGGAGCACGCAACACUUCCACCCAGGAAAUGGGUAUAUGAUCCUAGCAGAGCGUUCCCAGCAGAGCACUAUCAAAUACCCAAACACCCUGACCCGGCGGCGUGUUCUCCCAAACGCAACAUGUACUUCCUCCGGACCCACCAGACUGGUACAUCCUCUGUUACUAACAUUUUCUACAGGUACGGUAAAGAACACGAUCUCAGCUUCGUGAUGUACCCUCUGAAGCUUCACCUCGGCUACCCUGGUAGGAUUAACAUGUUGAAGUUGGAGAGGAUGAUGCCAGAUACGGGAUAUAACAUCCUGUCCCAGUACACCAGACAUCACCAGAUGGAUGUACUGAGGAUCAUGAACGAGGGUACUAUCUUCACUACUUUACUCCGACAUCCAGUAGAUCAGUUUCUCUCUGUCUUCAACAACUUUGGUGUUAAACUGGAGAUGAGAAACCUGCUUCCCCAUCAUGACCCGUACGAAGAAUUCUUAAGAAGACCAGAUAAAAUAACCAUGUUGUCGUCAGAAGCAAUUUAUCACCUUUUACAAAACAGCAUGAGCUUUGACCUGGGUCUGAACACACCACACUUUAAAAACACUACAGCAGUAGAUCAGUUUAUAGAGAAGAUUGACAGGGAAUUCCAUCUAGUUCUGAUUUUAGAGCUGCUAGAUGAGAGUUUGGUGCUGUUCAAGCGACUUAUGUGCUGGGAUUUGAAACAAAUGGUUUAUGUGAAGCUGUCUAUUAACAACGAAUACGGUGCUUCUAUCUCAGAUGAUAUUAGACAGAAAAUCCUGGAUUGGAACUCGAUUGAUUUCAAGCUUUACGAUCAUUUUCACAAGAAAAUGAAGAAAAUAAUCUCUGAACAGGACGAGGAUUUUCACAAAGAAGUUGCAAAGUUGAAGCAACUCAAUGUCGACUUCUCCAAAGAGUGCUACGAAAAGGUGUUUCCAGUUUACAACGGAAACAAAAUUGGACACUCGUUACGGGAGUCUCAUAAAGACAACAUGACUUGUAAAACUCUAACAACUGACGACGUCACCCAAACACACGUGAUUGGAUUGAAGCAGUUUAAAGACAAACUUCCGCCCUCUGAUAUUCUCAUGGUACGGAACCACAUGCAAAAUCUGAAGAAGCACAACCCUGCUAUGUUGGACUGGAGUGAUGUUUAUAAAGUUCUGCACCCUGAUGAAUCUCCAAAUAAAAGUGAGCUGUAG